GCACCGUUUCUCCAGUUCGCCUCGGUGCCCGUCCCAGCAACGCGCACAGCUAGAGCAUCUCUGAAAAUAUUAUAGAGCCGUGCCAGCUGUUGGCCAUUCCUCUAGUGGGGGCUGAUGUGGGGAAAUGCGUUUCCUUGCCAUUCUUGGAAACGUGCUAGUGCCUCGCUACGGGAGCGAUUCGGUCUUUCUCGCAGCCCGCUCAAGACCGACCCUUUCCCCCCUUUUUUCCUUUUCAGGAGGGGACGCCUGGGGAGUAAUCAUGCUUCUCAGAGGACCAGCACCAACAUCCUGCGACAUCCAGAGCCAGCCCCUUCUACUAGGGCUCACAGGAUAUAUAUUAUAUAUUUCUAUUGUAUUAUCUGCAUCCUAGAAGAACCAUCACGAUUUGGUGUUUUUUAUGAUCUCUAUGGAUCCUGCAUUUUAUGACCCUCCUCUCCACACGGUCUGAUUCAUCUUCGAAGCCGAUCUCUCUCUUCCUCUAUCAACCUCGUUUACAUUUGCACCGCUUCAAGACACAAAGAUUGCCAAAGCCGAGCCUUCUUGCAAGAAAAAAGAUUUUUCUCCCCCUCCAAUUAGAAACAUAUUGCAUCGCCCCCUCCCCAUUUGCUCCCCAAACCUCAUUCUUCUUAUGUGGAUAUGCAAGCAAGAAGAGGAGACUGGAUACUCCCAACAUGCUCACUCCCUUAAUCUGUCCGCCUAGAGGUUCUGCUUCUACAAACCAAGGGAGUGCAAGAGCUGAAAAUGAGGCCCCGAGCAGAGUGCUAUUCUUCAAAGUUCUGGCUUAUGCUGGCAGUCCUGGCGACAACAGGUGGUGGGGCCUGGGCCCAAAAGAACCACCCCAGCAUUGGCAUUGCUGUCAUCUUGGUGGGUACCUCUGACGAAGUAGCUAUCACAGAUGCCCAUAAGAAAGAUGACUUCCAUCACCUCUCUCUCACGCCUCGUGUGGAACUGGUGGCCAUGAAUGAGACAGAUCCCAAGAGCAUCAUCACCCGCAUCUGUGAUAUCAUGUCUGAUCGGAGGGUUCAAGGUGUGGUGUUUGCUGAUGACACUGACCAGGAAGCCAUUGCCCAGAUCCUGGACUUCAUUUCUGCCCAGACCCUCACACCCAUCCUAGGUAUCCAUGGAGGCUCUUCCAUGAUCAUGGCAGACAAGGAUGAAUCAUCCAUGUUCUUCCAGUUUGGUCCAUCAAUAGAACAGCAAGCUUCUGUCAUGCUCAACAUCAUGGAAGAAUAUGAUUGGUACAUCUUCUCCAUUGUCACCACCUACUUUCCUGGCUACCAGGACUUUGUCAACAAGGUCCGUAGCACUAUUGAGAACAGCUUUGUGGGCUGGGAGCUAGAAGAGGUGCUCUUGCUGGAUAUGUCUCUGGAUGACGGAGACUCAAAGAUCCAGAAUCAGCUCAAGAAACUCCAGAGUCCUGUCAUCCUCCUUUACUGUACUAAGGAAGAAGCCACCUAUAUCUUUGAGGUGGCUAACUCUGUGGGUCUGACUGGGUACGAUUACACUUGGAUUGUACCCAGCUUGGUGGCUGGAGAUACAGACACAGUCCCCUCUGAAUUCCCCACUGGACUUAUCUCUGUGUCAUAUGACGAAUGGGACUAUGGCCUUCGCGACAGGGUGAAAGACGGAAUAGCCAUAAUAACCACGGCUGCUUCUGACAUGCUGUCUGAGCACAGCUUCAUUCCUGAGCCCAAGAGCAGUUGCUACAACACACAGGACAAGAGGAUCUACCAAUCAAACAUGUUAAAUAGGUACCUGAUUAAUGUCACGUUUGAAGGGAGGAAUUUGUCUUUCAGUGAGGACGGCUACCAGAUGCACCCAAAACUGGUUAUCAUCCUUUUGACGAAGACGAGGACGUGGGACAGGGUGGGAUGGUGGAAGGACAAGCGUCUCAAGAUGAAGUAUUAUGUGUGGCCACGUUCUGAGCUUUACCCUGACAGUGAGGAGCGUGCGGACGACCAUCUUAGCAUAGUGACCCUAGAAGAAGCACCGUUUGUCAUUGUGGAAAAUGUGGACCCCCUAAGCGGUACCUGUAUGAGAAACACUGUCCCGUGCCAAAAAAGAAAUGUGACAGACAACAAGACGGAUGAGGAGACUGCGUACACCAAGAAAUGUUGCAAAGGGUUUUGUAUUGAUAUUCUCAAGAAAAUCUCCAAGUUUGUCAAGUUCACCUAUGACCUUUACUUGGUAACCAAUGGUAAACAUGGGAAGAAGAUCAAUGGAACAUGGAAUGGAAUGAUAGGCGAGGUGGUUGACAAACGUGCCUAUAUGGCAGUGGGAUCCCUUACCAUUAAUGCGGAACGCUCAGAAGUGGUAGACUUUUCUGUACCCUUCAUUGAAACAGGCAUUAGUGUAAUGGUGUCGCGAAGCAAUGGGACUGUCUCACCUUCUGCCUUUUUAGAGCCAUUCAGUGCUGAUGUAUGGGUGAUGAUGUUUGUAAUGCUGCUUAUAAUCUCUGCGGUGGCUGUCUUUGUCUUUGAGUACUUCAGCCCUGUGGGAUACAACCGGUGUCUGGCUGAUGGCAGAGAGCCUGGUGGUCCUUCUUUCACCAUUGGCAAAGCUAUCUGGUUAUUGUGGGGCCUGGUAUUCAACAACUCUGUGCCAGUGCAGAAUCCCAAGGGAACUACGAGCAAGAUCAUGGUGUCUGUGUGGGCCUUCUUUGCUGUCAUCUUUCUGGCCAGUUACACUGCCAAUUUGGCUGCCUUCAUGAUCCAAGAGGAGUAUGUAGACCAGGUGUCUGGGCUGAGCGACAAAAAGUUCCAAAACCCAAAUGCUUUCUCACCACCUUUCCGCUUUGGGACAGUUCCUAAUGGCAGUACAGAGAGGAACAUUCGCAACAAUUACGAACUGAUGCACGCCUACAUGGUGAAGUUCAACCAAAGAUCGGUGGGAGAUGCGCUAUCCUCAUUAAAGACAGGGAAGCUGGAUGCUUUUAUUUAUGAUGCAGCUGUGCUAAACUACAUGGCUGGCAGAGAUGAAGGCUGCAAGCUGGUGACAAUUGGGAGUGGGAAGGUCUUUGCUUCAACGGGCUAUGGCAUUGCCAUCCAGAAGAAUUCAGGCUGGAAGCGGCAAGUGGAUCUGGCAAUCCUACAGCUCUUUGGUGAUGGUGAGAUGGAGGAGCUAGAAGCUCUCUGGCUCACUGGCAUCUGCCAUAAUGAGAAGAAUGAGGUAAUGAGCAGCCAGCUGGACAUCGAUAACAUGGCCGGAGUCUUCUAUAUGUUGGGAGCAGCCAUGGCCCUAAGCCUCAUCACCUUCAUCUGUGAACAUCUCUUUUAUUGGCAAUUCCGCCACUGCUUCAUGGGUGUUUGCUCUGGCAAACCUGGUGUUGUCUUCUCCAUCAGCAGGGGUAUUUACAGCUGCAUCCAUGGAGUGGCUAUUGAGGACCGCCAUUCUUCCAUGAACUCCCCCACUGCUACCAUGAACAAUACUCAUUCCAACAUUUUGCGCCUGCUCCGAACAGCAAAGAACAUGGCAAACCUUUCAGGUGUCAAUGGCUCACCACAAAGUGCCCUGGAUUUUAUCCGUCGCGAAUCCUCUGUCUACGAUAUCUCUGAGCACCGCCGUAGCUUCACUCACUCCGACUGCAAGUCUUAUAACAACCCCCCCUGCGAGGAAAACCUCUUCAGUGAUUAUAUUAGUGAGGUGGAAAGGACCUUUGGUAAUCUGCAGCUGAAAGAAAGCAAUGUUUACCAAGACCAUUAUCAUCACCACCAUCGCCCCCAUAGCAUAGGGAGCACCAGCUCCAUCGAUGGACUAUAUGACUGUGAUAAUCCACCCUUCUCCGCACAGCCUCGAUCUCUCAGUAAGAAGCCAUUAGAUAUCGGUUUGCCGCCAGCCAAACAUGGCCAGUUAGGUGACCUCUAUGGCAAGUUGUCUUUCAAGGGUGACCGAUACAGCGGUGGAGGUGCACACGACGAUUUGAUCCGUUCAGAUGUCUCGGACAUAUCGACUCAUACCGUGACUUAUGGCAACAUUGAGGGCAACGCUGCAAAGCGGCGAAAACAGCAGUAUAAAGAUAGUCUAAAGAAGCGCCCAGCCUCGGCCAAGUCACGGAGAGAGUUUGAUGAGAUUGAACUGGCCUAUCGCCGGCGUCCCCGUUCCCCUGACCACAAGCGCUACUUUAGGGACAAGGAAGGGCUACGGGAUUUCUAUUUGGACCAGUUCCGGGCUAAGGAGAACUCACCGCACUGGGAACAUGUGGAUCUGACGGAUAUUUAUAAAGAGCGGGGAGAUGACUUCAAGCGUGACACUAUAGGGGGAGCAGGGACAUGUACUAACAGGACCCACCACAAACAUGGGUCGGGGGAGUUUGGAGCAAACAAUGAGCACAAGCACAGUGUUGUGAGUGGGGUACCAGCGCCAUGGGAGAAAAACCUCACCAAUCUCGAUUGGGAGGAACGCCCUGGCGCUAACUAUUGCCGCAGUUGCCCAUCGAAGCUGCAUAACUACACUCCGACCGUGGUGGGGCAGAACUCCACCCGCCAGCCAUGCAUCCGGUGUGAAGCCUGCAAGAAGGCCGGAAACCUCUAUGACAUCAGUGAGGACAACUCCCUCCAAGAGCUGGAUCAGCCAUCUGCUCCUGUGCCCGUGGCAACCAGCACUUCCACUACCAAGUAUCCUCAGAGCCCUUCCAACUCUGCCUCCAAGGUGCAGAAGAAGAAUCGCAACAAGCUCCGCCGGCAGCACUCCUAUGACACCUUUGUGGAUCUGCAGAAGGAAGAUGCCGCCCUGGCCCCCCGCAGCGUCAGCCUGAAGGACAAGGGCCGCUUUUUGGAGGGAAGCCCCUAUGCCCACAUGUUUGAGAUGCCAUCCAGCGAGUCCACUUUUGCCAACAACAAGUCCUCAGUGCCCGCCACCAGCCACCACCACCACAACAAUCCUGGCAUUAGUGGUGGUUAUAUGCUCAGCAAGUCGCUCUACCCCGAUCGGGUCACUCAAAACCCUUUCAUCCCCACUUUUGGGGAUGACCAGUGCUUGCUCCAUGGCAGCAAAUCCUAUUUCUUCAGGCAGCCUGUGGUGGCAGGAGGGCCCAAGGCCAGGCCAGACUUCCGAGCCAUUGUCACCACCAACAAGCCGGUGGUCUCGGCCCUCCAUGGGGCUGUGCCAGCCCGUUUCCAGAAGGACAUCUGUAUAGGGAACCAGUCCAACCCCUGUGUGCCUAACAACAAAAACCCCAGGGCUUUCAAUGGCUCCAGCAACGGGCAUGUUUAUGAGAAACUUUCCAGUAUUGAGUCUGAUGUCUGAGUGAUGGGGAAAAGCAUGGGAGGGGAUGGUGCUGGAAAUGCAACGUGUGGGAGGGGCAGGUGGUGGGUUCAGACCUAGUUCCCAUUUGCUACUCUUCUGCUACUCUUUUUUUCUUUGUGGAGUAUUGGAGUUCUGCUUAGGCAGCGCUGAUGCGAAGUGCCACCUCUUUCUUUCCCCGGAUCCCCCAUCCCCAAUGAUCUCUUUUCAUUUCUCCACUCACAGUUCCAUUCCUGGCCAUCACAUGUCAGAGCUUAGUAGCUUAGCUUGUGUUUUCACAGUUGGGAAAGGCAAAGGCAUGGUUGAGGAGAGGCCAGCACACGAGUGGGAGCAAUAGCCGCAGAGUUUGGGGUUUUCUCGGCACCAAACUGUGAUGGUUAGUACAGAUACGAGAAGGUGGCCUGAGGCGGAGAAUGGAAGAGAUAGAAUGGGCAUGAAGAAGAUACAAGUCUUCUUACAUAUGUACUUUUAAGCAAAAUUGAUGGGACGUGAAUGGUGUGGGAUCAACUUGAUGCAUUUUAUGUUGAUUACAUGCAAAAAAUCAGUUCUUUUGUGAAGACUGUGGGUUAAAGGCUGAAAUAUGGAGUUGCAUAUAUACAUAUAUAUAUAUAUAUACUGAAGAUAAAAAUGUAUUGAAAUCUUGGUAUAUUUACCAGGGGGAGGGGAGGUUUGAUAUGUAUGCAGAUCUAGCCAGUAGUCCAGUCAACAGUAACCCAGUGAGGUUACUUCUGCAAGAUGAAUUGGAAUGAUAAAAACAAAUGCCAGUGAAACUUUCAGCAAAAGUCUUGGGAAAUUUCAAAUGUUGGGGUCCCAGGGGAGGUUUUGUUGCAGGUUUUGUUCUACUCAUGAACAACUUGUUAAUUUUGAAAUGGUGAAAUAUCAAAUAAGCGUUGGUUUAUGCACAAGCUUAAAUGUGAAAAUUAAUUGACACGAACCAUCGUAAAAACAUGAGUUUCUUAUUGCUACGAUAUUUAGUAGACAAACACAGCAGAGCAAACCUUUCCAACGCAAGGGAACAUAAAGGGCAUUGAGUGAAAAGAAGAGCAGGGUUGGCAACUCAAGCUCCACUGUUGUUCUGAUGAAUUUAAUCUGGCAGGGAGAAGGCUCAACCAUUGCUCCCUCCUCUAGCAUAUCAUGCAACACGAGCAAGAUGAAUAAUGGAAAGGCUUUCUCUGCUGAUGGUGUAUUUCCUCUGAGUAGAAAGUAGAAGAAGGCAG